AUGACGCCAAUCAGAAAAAAUUCCUCUGAUAUGUUCGCAAAGAGUUGCACACAGGAAGUCAAAACGAACUAUUUCUUUUCGUUGCAAUGCAAUAAGAAGCCCAUUAAUACGCAAUCAAGAGCUUCAAAAAUAUCAGCUUCGAGUGUGGAGAUGUAUCUUAGGAUAAGCCCAGCAUCGGUAUUUCAAAAGAAUUACAUCGUACUCGACACGAGAACUCUUUUAACAACAUUCCAGCCGUUUGAGGAUAAAUUCACUCGAAAUUCGAGAUGUGCGAAAUCGAGCGAGGCCGAAGGCAGACGGCAUGUCUUUACGAAGAUUUUUGGAUCAGAAACUUCGCAAGCGGAGAUGUUCGAGGGAUCCAUAAAACAUCGAGUCGUGGAGUUUCUCAGUGGUAAAAGUUCAACCAUCAUGACUUACGGCAUGAGGGAUUCCGGGAAGACUUACACGCUGUUCGGCACGUCCUCAUCGCCCGGUAUAAUAACGCGUAGUAUCGAGCUUGUAUUUUCGGCGAUAAACUGCACUAUAGCGCCAUGGUACAAACCAACGUUUCAAGACACCGUGUUCCGCUUGAAUGAGACCGCACGAGCUUUAGAGAUGCAACGAAAAAUGCGAGUAUUAAAUGGACAAUCAACGAAUGUAAAUCAGAUAUCUGCGGAAGCCAAAACGUUUUUGGAGAACUCACAGCCAGGUAAUCCUGACAAAUCCGAAGAGUGUGAUAGCGAGUCAAUGUACGCCGUCUGGCUGUCCUUCGCGGAGAUUUACAAUGGAAACAUUUACGAUCUGUUGGACGACGCGGAAACGCGCUCUCCGUUGAAAUUGUAUAUGAACACUGAAGGGCGAGCUGUUUGCAGUUUGCAAAAAGUGCAUGUCUUAACUGCGCUGGAAGCCUGUCAGAUUCUCAUGGCGGGCGAAUCGAGAAUGAGUGUCACGACAGGAUCGGAGAAGUCUCGAUCACAUACUAUUUUCACGAUGAAAUUACUGAAGUAUCAGAAGGAUCAUGCAGCGGAAGAAGUGAUACUCAGUACUUUGACUUUUUGCGACUUGGCUGGCUCUACACAGUUCAAAAAAUCACGUAUGCGGGAAGGAAGUAGUAUCAACAACAGUCUGCUAGUACUUGGUAGAUGUGUCAAGGCUGUGAGUCAGAAUCGAAUGGCACCAUUCCGUCAGUCAAAUUUAACGAGAAUAUGUCAACGAGCUCUCUCAGGUGAAGAAAAUUUAAGUUUUAUAGUGAAUGUCGUUUUUCAGUCGAGUCUAUUUGAUGAAAUACAGAGCAUUUUAAAUUUUUGUGAUAUAAUUAGAAAGCUAACAAAUUAUCAUAAGGAAUGCAAACAAAUUUGCGAAUUUGGAGAAACUAUCCGUGAUCUCGAAACAUUUGAUAACAUUAUGAUGUCAUCAUCAAAUUAUCAAAGUCCACGUGAGAUUGCAGAAACGAUCGGCUGUACCGAUUCGUUAGAGUGCAGAAAUAUACGAGAGCAGAAUAGAAGACUGAAGCAAGAAUUGGAAACUGUUAAAAGUGAUAUGCUAAAUUGCGAAUACACAAUUCGUCAACAACUAGCCGAUCAUUAUUUAUGCAUGAUUGAAGAGUUGGAAGGGACCUACAAAGAGAAUACCAAGAAGAUCGAAACUGAGGGAGAGGAUCUAUUAAAAUGGUCUAUCAAACAGGUCGAAAGCUUUUAUAAGGAACGCAUCGAUAAUCUGAUGCGGCAUAAGAAGAGAAAGCGAGGAAACAGCGGAGAUUACAUCGAGGAUAGUCAUACACUUUACGAAGAGCUCAAAGCUGAGAAUGCACAGGUCACUUCCAAGGUGAUGGUUCUGAAAGAAGUAGUGAAGAAAUUGAAGCAAGAGAACAAGACGAUCCUCUGCGAAAAGAACAAAUACAGCUUUGAAUUAGCUUUGGUAACGGAAGAAUUGAAAAAGUUUCGACAGCUCACGCGAGCUAGGAUUCGUAAGUGGGGUGGCAACAUUGAAAACAUCAAGGAUGAUGCUGAUUGUCUCAUGAACAAUCUGGAACGAUUAAUGGAUGAAAAAGUAAAAAGAACCGAGGAGAAACUCGAAGAGAUGAGCGAAUAUAUUCGUGUAAUAGAAAAUAAAGACGCUGAAACUGCUUCUGGAGCGAAACAGAAAUUAUCAAAAUCGGAGUAUCUUUUGAAUGAUACUUUGAACAAAGUGAAAGAGGAGGAACUUUUACAAGAAGCUUGCAUCGUCAAACUGCAGCAUCAUACACAAUUGCAAGAAAGGCAGCUUGUCCAAGUUCGACAGUGCUCGAAUGAUACAAAAAAUGAGAGUAUAAGCGAUAAAAAAUGUGACCAAUUAACAAAUAUUUCAUUUGAGGAUUAUAUAGCAGAUAGCUCUAUUCAGGAUAACAUAUCUGUAGUAAAAAAUCCCUCACGAAUGUGCAUAAACUCAACCACAAUUGGACAACACGAGUUUAACGACUGGAUCACUGUUCCUACAUUGUUUGCGGACCAUGUCAAAUCAAUGAAAAACAAACUCUUGAAUGUGUCAAACGUUGAUCGCAAAAGUCUCUUCGAAAGUAGUGGCAGUAUGGAUUGCAGCGGUUCUAGAUCGAGUGAUAGAAGUAGCAAAGACUCGGGUGUAAGUAGCGAAUUACGAAGAUCUACCAGCGUAAGUGAUCACGCAAGUACCCGCGAAAAUGAGAAUAAAUGCACACAAACUUGUGUCAUCGAUGAGGACAGUCAGAAUUUAGUGAAAGAAAACGUUGAAGAUAGCGCAAAUUUGAAUAAAUGUAAUUAUCAAGAGACGGUUGCUGAAUUGUCUCAGGACUUGGAAACUAUUCGGGAUGUGAUUUAUGCAUUAAAUGAAGAGACUUAUACGAACGAUUGUCAAAUGCCGCACAAAGAAGAAACAUUGGAACGAUUGAUUGAAGAGAAGAAUGAAAUUGGAAUCAAAGACGAUGGUGUAUUCAAGAUGACGGAAAAUAAAAUACAAGAAUACAAACAAUUGUUACAAAAGACUCUACAGAUAAGCGAGUUCGACAAAAGGAUUGCUGAAAUGCAACACGAGUUUGCGAAAGAUUACGAAUUGUUUCAGAAGAUACAUGAUUUUGAUAUUAUUGUGAACAGAUGUCAAAAAGACAAGAACGAGCUUUACACGCAGUUAUAUGAAUGUUCCCAAUUGACUCUCGAGGAUAAACUGAAGAAAUUAACAAUGAAGAUGACAGAAAGAGAGAGCGAAAUUAUCUCGUUGAAAAGUGAAGUACGUAAUAUAGCAGAUCUGAACGUUGCAAACAAUGAGAAAGCGAGAAAUCUGAGUGAGCAAAUUAUCGAAGCAGACGAAAGUAUCGGUUUGGUUAAGGAAGAUCUGCAUUGUUGCAAAGAUUUGCGUAAAAAUGUGGAGAAUACCAUAAAAGCGGAAAUUCAUAAUUUGAAAUCUCGGUUGUCAGAUCAAGAAAAUAAUACAACACUCCUGAACGAAAUUUACAAGACUUAUAGCGACAGCCGGGAUGAAAUAACUCGUUUAAAGAUGCAACUGGAGCAUAAAGAAUUAGAAAUAACUCUACUUAAAACUAAUAAAAAUGCUUCAAUAAAAAGCUAUGAUAUUUUGAAACAUUUGCAAAAUGAAAUCGAACAGAAGAAUAAAUACUUUGAAACUGCGAACAGUUCAAAUAACUUGGAAAGAUCUUUAACCGAGAAUCAAAAACAGUCAGAAGAAACCUUAAAAGAUCAUGAAACCAAAAAUAGUUCCGCAAGCAGUUCCAGUUUCGUGCCUAAUCACGCUAGUUCGGAGACAUUAACUGUUUCAUCAGCUCCAAGUGAAAAAUCUACAACUUUUUCCGAUGAGGCUGAUGGCUUUGGUUACAUUAGCAUUAAAUUGAAUAACAAAUCUUGUCAGACAGACAGCAGUGUAAAGUCAAAUGUAUAUUCUGUACGCGAAACUGAUAGUUCUGAAAUGGAAGAUAAUUUUAACAUGAGAUCAUCAGAUAUCAAAGACAAAAAGAAAAGUCGAAAUUGGAUGAAAGUUAGAAAAAUAUCUGGUAAUAUCACACUUUCGCGAUUCUCUAAACACACAGAUAUUAAUAGUGAUUCAGAAACUGAGUGA